AUGGCUAGUAAAGCAGCACAGCUGGAUAGAAGGUUUACUAAGUCUUCAAGAAAUCAGUAAGAUGUAUACUCUGCUAUGAAUAUUAAACCUUAGCAGAGUGCUCCCCUUAAUGAGCAUCAGUAGUCACAAAUAGAAAAUGUUACAUAGCAUAUUCUAACGAAUACCUCUAAGCUUGCACUGCAGAAUUUCAUCAAAGUAAAAAAGUGUCAGAGUAAACUUGUAAUUCCGAAAGCACUGAUCUAGAAUAAAUUACUUGCUAGUACUAAUUCAAACCUAUUAUCAACUGCUUCUUCCAUUUAGCAGAAAAGCAUUAUCUAGAAAAUUCAUAUUAAGAAAGAUAAGAAACCAGCAGAGGACAAAAAUCAAUAAUCUUAGUAAAUUGAAGUGAAUGAGGAAAUCGAGAGUCCAAUAUUUUAUUGUGAAAAGAAAACAAAUAAAGAAAAUGAUUUGCCUGCAAGAGAAUCUAUUCUGGACACUAAGAAUAAAUUAGAAAAUUAUUUGAAUGACACAGAUUCGUAUGCAAUCAAUCAAAACAAUAGUAACAACAAGAUUACUUAAUUAGCUUAUAAUGUGUAAAACCAGAAGAACUAAUCGGUGAAUUACUCAAGACAAGUCUCCACCACUAAAAGACCUCCAAAGCCCCCUCAAAUCAUAACAUAAAUUGAAAGUAAACGACAUACCAUUGGUGGUGAACUUCUCCAGCCUGACUAUUGCGAGAGUCCCUUACUUAAGCCUAUGAAAUCUAACACCAGAAUAAAGCAAACUAUCUUGCUUGAUAACUUUAAAAUGAGUCCAAACCAGGGUAAUAUAUAGUAGUAGUAAUUACAGCAAUAUUAGUAAACUUCACAGUAUAUUGAAAAAGAAAAGCAUAAUUAAAAGUCAUUUAAAAUAUUAACUGGAUUAACUAGCAAAUCAAAGAACCUUUAGAAAGUUCCAUUUGAAUAAUCAGUGUAUCAAACUAGCUAUAUCAAUGAGUUCUCCAAUUAGGGUAACAAAAGAUUUAUUUGA